AUGACCACUGGACUGCAAUUCGUAUCAGAUCUACAUCUGGAACGUAAUAAGGGCUACACGUAUAACAUACCUCGAUCCGCAUCGCAUCUGGCGCUGGUCGGUGACAUCGGACGUUUCUGCGAUUACGACGAUUACGCUGCUUUCUUAAGAACACAGUGCCAGAUUUUUGAUCAGGUACUUUUGGUGGCAGGGAACAACGAGUUCUAUGGCUCGUCACGGCAAGAGGGACUGGAUGCUGCGCAGAGACUAGAACAAGAUCCGAGUUUACUAGGAAAGCUGGUGUUCUUGAGCCGAAACAGAAUCGACCUUCCAGGCUCCAACAUUAUCGUGCUAGGAUGUACAUUACAUUCACGUAUUCAGCAAGGACAUACUCGUCUCAACAAGGACUUUCAGAGUAUCAGAGACUGGACCACUGAGGAUCAUAACAGGGAACAUGAAUUGGACCUUGAAUGGUUGCGUUCAACCCUUCGCCACAUUGCUGAGGCCGAACCGCUGAAGCAAGUCAUAAUACUCACCCAUCAUGCGCCGUCGUUCAAAAACACUUGUCACCCGUCCCACGAAUACAACGCUGUAAGUCAGUGCUUUUGCAGCAAUACACUGGAAGAGUUUGAAACAUGGGAAGGCCAAGGGCAAGUAAGCGAUUGGAUAUUUGGCCAUACGCAUUGGAAUGCUCGUUUCAUGUGCGGAAACACAGUUGUACGGAGCAAUUGUCUACCCAAUCGACCUCGUGAUCUUAGUAUGUGGCAGACGCUCAUGCUGUACAGACCAUUUGAUCCACGCGCAGUCAUCAAAAUUGGUCCAAUACAGUCCUGGAGCAAUUGGUUAUUUGGCUCAUAG